UUUUCGAUUGAGUUUAAGGCAUGGGAUUGUCUUUAUGAGAUUACAAAUCGUACUGGACGAAUAAUUGACAGGGCGUAUUCUUUCGUCAGCCGCCUUUUUGCUGAACUUCUAUGGCACGAAGAAACUGCUAAUCAUUCACUUAUAAAUUCUUCACAAUCCGCUGGGACAGCUGAAGAAUUUAUUCAAGAAUUGCAAAGCAAGCUAUUGGAAAAAAAUGAUAUAAUUGAGCUUGCUGAUGAAGCUGUGCGUUCGGGAUCUUUGCCAACUCCGCAUUCCCAUCUUCAGUCAAUACUAACGGAUAUCGGACGAGCUUUUAUUGAAAGCUACGGAAAUUGGAGCGGUAUUCUAUCCAAGCUUGAUCUUAUUCCUCUAAGAUAUUCAGAUUUUAUUGCAUCAAAGUCUUGGUCUGCUGUUUGUGCCAAAGGCUAUAUAUAUUGGUCUCAACUUAGAGUUCGAUGUUUCGGAGCACUUCCUUCGGAUAAUAGUGAUAACACUACAAUCAGUUCCUCAGGCCAAUUUACUCCCCUUCCUGCAUCGCCUUUGCACGCGGCUAAUGUUGUAAGGCUGCACGGUCGUACAUUGGUCCGUUUUAUGCUUCAGCGUUUUGAAAAAGAGCGCUAUAAGCGUUCAUAUACAAGUGAAUCUGAUAAAGAAAAUACCCAACCGAAUUCUUUAAAUGCAUCUGCUAUCCCAAUUGGACAUUCAAAUUCUCUUAUUUGGGGCAAUGGGUCUUUGAACGAAGUCGAUUUACUUAAUACAUGGUUGGGUACUCGAUUGCUGCUUGAAGGAUGUCAGCAAGUCGCUGAAUUAUAUACCCUAUUGGGUACAGUGCGUGAAGCAAGAGCAUAUUUAGAUGAACUACUCAGGGCUGCACAGCGUUUUCAUGUUCCAGCUUAG